AUGUCGGCGCAAGACUACUAUGGCACUUCGGGUGGAGGUUACCACUCGUCGUCUUCGCCUUACCCAUCACAGCCGCAAUACGCACAGCAUCCUCAGCAAACGCAAUACGCAUCACCAUCACCUUAUCCCACUCAACAAGGCUACGCAUCUCCCGCACCACAACAGCCAUCGUCGCAGCACUUGACUCCCUACCCUGCGCAGCCGCAAUAUGCCCGUCCAGGUUCCGCUCACUCAGAUUACCCACCCGCUUACGACGGCUCGAGACCCACUAGCACGCACUCCGGGUCACCCUACCCACCCCCUAGGGCGCACUCUGCAGAUCCAUCUUCGUACAACCAGCAGGGUCAGUAUGCACAGCAGAAUCAGUACAGAGAUCCCAACAACCCAAAUGCACAAGAUGGCGAGAGAGGACUUGGCUCCACAUUGAUCGGUGGAGGAACCGGUGCUUUCCUAGGGCACAAGCUUGGAAAUGGAAAACUCGGGACUUUUCUGGGCGGCGCGGCCGGUGCGGUGGCUGCCAGUGUCAUUUCAAGCAAACUGAGUGGCAAGCACAAGCAUGGACAUGGUCAACAGGACCCAUAUGGCCAGCAUGGGUCCGGGCACCACUCGUCCGGAAUGCUGGGGAGCAUGGGCAACUUGAUUGGAGGCGGAAGCCAUCAUUCGCAGUCCUCGUAUGGCCCGCCGCCGGCGCCGCAUCAUGGUGGACACCAUGGUCACCACGGCCAUCACGGUGGUCACCAUGGUGGUCAUCAUGGUGGCCAUCACGGUGGUCAUCACGGACACCACAGCCACCAUGGCGGCGGUUGGUAA